AUGGACAGCCCAAUGAAGGUGUCGCCCAGCAGCCUAGUCUUCGACUCUGUCGCCUGUGCUGACAGUGUUCAAAAGCUCUGGCUUCAGAACUACCAAAGCUACACGGCCAUCCCAGAGAUUCCGCCGCCCGUCUGUGAGUCGCAAGAGCAGUGCGCAGACAUGGCGAAUCCAUCUCCGCCCCAGACACCCGACCAAUUCGUGGACAGCUCGCCCAUUUACCCGAGCCAUGGGAGCAUCGGCCACCCGGAGAUGUGCCGGCGGCCAUGCGUGUACCUCGUCGGGAGCCGGGGCCCCUGCCCGGCGGGGCCCAAGUGUAGCUAUUGUCACCUGGAGCAUACGGAGCGGAGGGUGGCACUCGACAAGCGCCAGCGUGAGUUCCUUCGCAGGCUCAGCGAAAGUGAUGCCAUCACCGUGGUCUUUCCUCACCUUCGGGCCGCCUGCGCGAAGCUGAAGCUCCCGCCUGCUGCCGGGGAGGUCUUGGAGCUACUCCAGGCGCGCGCCAAGAUCCAGAGCGAGAAGGAUCUGCAGGACCGCUGUGAGGAUUUGCGGAAGGCCGCACCGCGAAACCUGCAGCGGAUCUUGGCCGCCAUGAGCUUUGCAUGCUUGGUCAACUUUCUUCCUUGCAGCAAGGAAGAUGACAUGCGCGAGGCUCUGGAGCGACUCCGGCACCAGUACUCGGACCUGGGCCGCUGCAUCCUCUGA